AUGCCGCCAGAACCAAGAGAGUACAAAGAUGAUGUGCUGCCUCGCAAGCCGUCAAGCCAAAAGUCUGCAAAAUCCUUUCCUUCCUCCGGCCCCAAGGCUCCAACUUUCAGUGAUCGCCUGUACCUCGCCGGCGUACUCCAUCGACCCAUCGACGCAGCCUUCCUGCUCGGAGGGCUGGGCUCUUGUGUUUGGACGGCUGUGUGCAUGCUUGUUCUUGAUAUCCCCUUCCUCAUAUGGACGCGUUUCUCUGUCAACUCUGAGCGCCAUCCAAUCUCAUGGGGCCCAAUAUUCUCUUUCUGUAUGGCCAUGAGUCGUGCGUCUUCGAGUGCAGUGUACAACGUCGUACAGCUUCGCAUGGUCAGCAAUAUCAUCUCUUGGUUCAUACCCUUGAGAAUGCUGCAUCUGUCCAACUACAAGUUCGACCCUAAUGUUCGCUUCAAGGUCCAUCUGGACACUCUACUCAUACCGGAACGGAAGACUCUCUUCUACACCAGGAGGGAAUUGGGCCACAAUGGAGGUCAUCGUGGAAAGAACCCAUCAAACCCUUCACCGGAAUAUCUGGCAUCGUUCCUACCAGAUGAAGAUAAGACGGGUCGGAUCCCAAAUCUGCCGGAGGAAUCGGGGCCUCUGGACAUGGAUGGAACGUACACCAUGAAGGGCGAGUGGAUCGAAGCACUAGAGGAUCCAACGCACCUGCCGAACGAUGACAAAGAAGCCAAGAGGAGCAAUGUCGUCGUACUGUAUGCACAUGGCGGUGGACAUGUGUUUUGUUCUGCAAAAUUUCACCGUCAGCUUGUCACAAGGAUGUUGCUUGAGUUCGGUCCUGGCGCAAGGGCUUUCGUGAUGGAAUAUCGUUUGGCGCCCGAAGACCCGUUCCCAGCAGCAAUCCACGAUGCAUACGCUGCCUACCUUUAUCUCACCCAACCGAACCAUGAAGCCAUCACACUCUGCCGGGGAGGACUCAGAGGAGCACAUCAUACGACGCCAGUUGAUCCAAAGGACAUUGUUCUCGCUGGUGACUCUGCAGGCGCGGGAGUCGCCAUUGGACUCCAGCUUUAUCUGAGAGACUACGUCCAGCCUUCUGUCGAGCCCAAGCCCAUAGUUCCACCGGCCACCGUUCUGAUCUCUGCCUGGACAGACAUCUCCACCUCGAUGCCAUCAGCGACAAGCCGUCACUCGUACUGCUACACACCCUCGCCAAUGGGCGUGAAUCCCUUUGCUAGUCAAGAAAAAUUUUACUCCUUCCCCAAGUUCAACUUUGCAAGGACCUAUCUCUGUGGUGACUCUGAUCUGUUUCCUAAUGAAAGAAACUCUGGAGGCAAGGAUCUCGAAUGGGAAUGGUACCGACAUUUGGCACAGCAUCCCCUGGUGUCGCCCGUUUACACUGCGAACCUUUCCGGACUAGAGAGCAGCACCCUUCUGCAAACGGGAACAUUCGAUCGAUUGGUGGAUGACACGCGACUGUACGCCCACAAGCUGGGUCAAGCGAACCCGGACGAGAGAGUGAGACUAGAACUGUACCGGGACAUGGUCCAUGUCCACCAAUUUUUCGAGUUCCUGCCCAUGGCUGAUAAGGCGCUGAAGUCAAUGGUCGCCUUUGUGGAGGAUGCUCAACAGCGACAUAAGACCCGUGUGUCUGCAAAGACCAGGGGCUCGAACGGAACAGAGUGGAUUAUCGUAGAUACGGUGGGUAAUGAGACAGAAGGACAUAAUGACGAUGGCUGCCCCAUCGACGUUCUUGAAACGUAUUGGAGACCAGAUCUGAAAUAG